CAAAAAUAAAAGUUUUUUUUUCAUCAGAACGAAAAACUACGAGAACGAGUAAAGACACGGCAAAAGUUUUUAUAGUGCAACAUAAAGUGAAUGGAUUUUGUGUAUUAUUUGUGAAAGAACAAGAGAAGGAGACAACGCAAUAUUUUUUUAUUGUGCAGUCAAAAGCUCAAAAGAAGUUUUUCAUUCUUAUUUAUUAUCGAGGAAUUGGAGCAUAAAAUGAUGCUGAAACUAUCGUUUCUUCUCCUUGCUUUAACUCAUAUUGUCGUGUCGAAUAUAAUUAUUAAUGAUACAAAGCAUCCAAAUGUUGUCUUAUUGCAUGUCAAUAACUUGAACUGGAACGAUUUGGGUAUUCAUGUGAACCAAGUCGACAAUGAAAAUUCAACACCAAACAUUGAUCGUUUGGCAUAUGCUGGAAUAAUAUUGAAUCACUUUUACUCAAGCGGUGGAAGUGAGUCACUUUACUCGGGAUGUUAUAAACGCUCGUCAUACGGCAAUCCCAAUCUUAUGUCAACAUAUUUCGAACGUAAUGGAUAUAAUGUGAACUUUUUAUCAUCAAAAAAUUACACAAGUGCUGGAUUAUUCUACAAUACGAUAUUUGAAUCAAUUACAAAUGACAAUGAGCCAUUUUUGAUAUCUAUUGACUUUGGAUAUCUUGGAUAUGACAUCAAAAUAUCAAUUCUUGAUGACAUUGUCGGCACAAUUGUGUCAAAACUACAUGAACGAGAAAUCCUCAAAGACACAAUAAUAAUCUUCAUGGCAUUGCCAACAGAAAAUGCAUAUGAGAUGCAAAAGACUCCCAUUGAAAGCAAUAUUCGCCGUAUAGCAUUUAUCUACAGUGAAUUAUUAUCCCUUCCACAAAGCGUCUCGAAUGAAUUAAUUCAUAUUAGUGAUAUCCUCCCGACUCUCGUCGAUGCAGCACAACUCGAAUGGCGUACAAAAGAUCGAAUUUUUAUUGAUGGCGUAAAUCAAUGGAAGGCACUUAACAUUAAUGGAAAAGUACGUACAUCAAUUUAUGGCGAUAACUUUUUUAUCGAUGAUAACUGGAAGCUCUGUUAUGGCACAUCAAAUUCAAUCAUUUAUGACAGUAUCAACAAUCAAAACAUGGAAAGUAUUAUAAAUGACAAUUAUGACUUUAAUACAUACGUUGAAUCAAUUACCUCGUCAGAUGUCCAUGAACUGUUUGAUGACAUAACAGCAAACAAGAUUAUGCUAAUAAGAAAUCGAGCAAAAGUCCAUUGUAAUAUAAAGGACAUAAAUGAAUCCAUUGUCAUCAAUAUCAAAUGUAGUCGUACAACUCCAUGUCUAUUUGAUUUGCAGACCGACCCAUGUGAGUUCGAUGACAUGCAUGAGCAUGAAUUUGAUUUGAGAAGGGAUGAAAUGAAGGAAACCUUUGAACAAUAUUUGAACAAUGGUCUUGUAAAGGAUUUUAUAAUUACCGAUGGAAGUCAUCCAUCGAUACCACUCGACAAUCAUCCGACAAAUUCAUCGAAUGAAGAUUCUCAAGUUAUUGGUGAUCCAAUACUUACACCGAGUGGUGGAUUAGAUGGUUUUUUGACAUUAUUCCUAACAUCGGUUGUGUUUUUGACAUUACUCGUUAUUGUUGUGUGUGUUAAGGAACGCUGUAACUCGAAACGUAGCGUCUAUCUUGACAAGUCAAAGAAGGUCACAUUUAGUGAUGAAAGUGGAGUUGCUGGUAAUGGAAUUUCAUCAAUUAGUGCGACUGUUCAAAAGAAAACUAAUAGUCAUUAGCUCAGAUGUAAUGAAAUGGAAA